AUGGACGGCCGCAAGCAGGGCCGCCCGGACGAGGAGCUGUUCCUGCGAUACGACAACAACAGCAACCCAGACACGCCCAUCAUUCCCACCGUCGGGCCCCUGAGGAUACAGAAGGGCCGCGAUGGCAAGAGCCCGCCGCCACGAACAGACUCGGCGGGCAGCUCGAGCCAGCCCGCCUUCUCGCGCCCUCCUCCCAUGCCCUCGUUCCCCGCGCCGCCCACGAGCCCGCCCAACGCCCCUCUGCCCUACCCCGACAGCGACCGCCCGCCCACGCUCAGCACAGGCAGAUACACGCCGCUCAGCGAGAGGGAGCGCCGCGCGCGGACAGCAACACCCCCUGAGGGCGCAGACGGACCGCGGCGAGGCUCCAAUGCGACAGGACCGAGUCCCACCUCGCCCAGCCAGCGCGCCCGCUUCGACGCCAACGACCCAAACCGACCCACGAUAAGCGGCUAUGGCGCGCGGAAUCCAGACGGCUCCAUCCAGCCCUCGAGGCUGGCCGAGCGCAGAGGGACAGCCCCGAAGCCGCUCCCCGACUCGCCAGGCCCAGAGGCGCCCGACAAGGAGGGCUUGUUCCAGAAGGCACCGCAGAGGAAGGGCAGCGAAGACGUGGGCGCCAGCAACCCAUACCCCGAGUACCACCAGCAGUACUUUCCCCCGCCCGCUGCUGGCCCCAGUGCGGCCCCGGCUGCGCCCGCUGCGCCAGUCGUAUACACAGGCCCUAACCAGAAUGAGCCGGUGCUCAAGGUGCCUACGCCCAUGGACGUCAACCGCAUGAGCUCCACCGCAUCGACGUCAACAGUGAGGGCACAGAGAGGCUCACCUCCGCCCCCGGAGACGCCCAUCAUACCUCCCUCUGGCGGUGGCAUAGAAGCGCGCUUUGCCGCAGCUGGCAUUGCAGGAACCUCUACGCUCACCAACCUCCAAGCGCAGAGUGCCCAGAAUGCGGCAGCUGCUCAGCGCAACCAGAUAUAUGCCAAUCAGCAGCCCAGGCCGGGUCUCUCAACACCACAGCCGAGCCAACAGCCGGCGAGGAGACCAUGGACGCCGACCGAGCAGCCUGGAGGCAAUCCACAUGGUCCACCGGCCGUAUACCAGGGCAUGGAUCAAGUGCCUCCCUCGAGCACUCCCCCACAAGGCCCUCUUCCGCAGGCACCGAACACUCGCUUUUCGCCGCCUCCUACCAACGUGAACGUACCUCCAGAACACCCGCUGAACCACGAGAUGGGACGGAUGAACUUGAACGAGGAACCCCCUCCAGCCUAUUCGAGUAUAACAACCCCGCCAACAGGCCAAGCCCACAGCUAUCCCAACGAAAAGGGACAGCAGCCAGCUGCCCAAGGAGCUGGUUUCUCAGACCCUAACCAAGGCCAUCCGGCAUUCGCAAAUGACCCGCGUCCACAAGCUGGACCAUCACAACCUGCGGCGGUCAUCGCACCAACGCCGACGCAGAACCAGUUCCCUCCUCAAAUACAAACCACCCAACCCGCACACACACCAAGUCCAGCUCCAGGACCCGGGCCGGCCUCUCCUCCACCGCUUCCUGAAGGCUGGAUAGCACAUCUGGACCCUAGUUCUGGCCAGUAUUACUACAUCCAUCUUCCAACUCAAUCUACACAGUGGGAGUUCCCCAAAGGCCCAACACCUCUCAAUCUGAAUGAGCCUAUGUCUCCUACCGGCACAUUUGUUGGCGGUCCUCUGGCGUCCCCGUCGUUUGGCAAGGCCCCCAUCGCAUCGCCUGGCUUUGCUCCACAGACGGCCACUUUCCCAGGAGACUUCGGCAUGGCGCCGCUUGCGACACCAACUACUACCGGCUUCACUGGACCGCCUCCAGUUGCUGGUGUAGACCAAUACAAGGUUGCUCCAACUAACGGCGUGUACUUUGGACCGUAUCUCAGAUACACUAACAUGGACAUUGAGCGAGGUCUAUGGCUAGGUUCGAUACUGCUCAUCACAAACACUCCUCAUCCGCCGACUAUUCACAUCCAUCAGAGUGCGGAUCUGUCACCAAAUCCGCGACAACUGAAGGCCAAUCCCAUCUAUACACAUCAGACGUGGAUCUUUUACCGAUACGACAUUGAUCUGAGAAUGGAAGAUGAGCACGCUGCAAAAUGGACUUAUGCCAUCACCUCGCACCUGGGCUGCACUCGCUUCGAGUUUCUGGUCGCAGGCCGAAAUGAGACCAGCUGGCGCUUUAUUGCUCACUCUGGCAAUGACUUCGCGCUGAACGUCAACGCUAACGAGAGAGCGAGGCUUGGUGGUGUAGGCCUGAUGUGGAAGGAUAUCCUACAGAAGAAUGCCGAGUGUGGCGGUUUCCACGUACAACUUGGAUUGGGUGGUCAAAUAUACGCCGACCGGCUAUGGAAAGAACUUCCUUUGCUCAAGCAAUGGACCGCGACAAGUGGUAAAGAGGCCCGAAAGAACGCGCCAUGGACUGCAAAGCAUGAAGAAGAUUUCUCGAACAUGUUCAAGAACAUUGGAAGACUGGGUAUUGAGAUGUAUCUGCUCUUCCAGCACCACACAACAUUAGAGAUUCUCCGAAACGUCAACAACGACAUGGACCUUUUCACUAUAACGGGCACAGGCUGGCAUUUCAUCAAGUAUCUGGGCCCAUGCGUCACAGUCGUUGGCCCCGAUUGUCGCUCUGAGCGCAACCCGCAUCAGGUAAUGGCAGGACCGACAUAUCAAGGUAUCUUCCCGAAGGUUGCGACAUUACCGCCGAGCGUUCAGCACUGCAUUUGGAUGGUUCCUGUUCCCAUUGUGUACCCUCGCCUGGAGUCAGUUGAGCAUCUUGCUCACUCCAUGGCUACUGGCAAAAAGGCUGUCACGGGUACAUUCAACAUGCUUGGAAAGGUGACAGCUGGAGUCGCUGGUGUCGUCGGUGCUAAGAGUGUGGUCGGCGAUGGCUUCAACUCUGUCAAGAAAGCUAUUGGCAAGUCAGGUCUGAUGAGCGGAGUUCUGAGUCCCUUUGGCGAGAUCGAUUUGCUUGAUGAGCUGAGAGACCAAUGGACGCACGAUUCCAAGGAUCUCGAACGAACCUACUUGAUACGAACACUCCAAGGCAUCGCACACAACAAGUCGCUACGAAUGACGUUCUUCUCUGGAGCGGUCGACUGCUGCGGCGCUGGCCUCGUCCAUGACCCAUCGAGACCCCAAGAUCACAAGACAAUGUACCAGAUCAUCUCAUCGUCAGUGGUAAAUGGGCCGCCUGGAAGCUAUGUGCUGCGACUCCUUCACAACAACCGUGCUCUCUACGUACCACAGAACGGACACCGCAGCAAUAACCAACCCAGCGACACGAAGGAAGACAUGAUGGAGAUUUUCACGCAAGACGUGAACGGACAACCUCGAGAACACAAGAGGCUGAUGGGUCGACGAAACUACGUCGCUUGUGUCAUUUACGAUCCGGAGAUCGUCAACGGGACGUUUGGUCAGGCUGUCCCUGGACAUGGCAGUGGCAAGUUGAGUUUGGCGGUUGAUUUCAUGGUGCAGAACGAUGGCGGAUACAGUGCGCCGAUGAAGUACGGGCCUGUCAUUGUUCCCAGUCUGGAGUAUGGCAGAUAG